AUGGUGGACGAGGCCUCCGCGCUGGAGAGGAGCGUGCACUUCGAGGCGCCAGUCAUCAAUGCCGUCGACCAGCGGACGAUGAUAGAGCAGACCCACCUCGGCUCGAAGUUGAAGCAGGUCAUGGCUGCUGCCAGGCAGAUAACGAAUCCAGGAAGUGCUGAAGCCGAUGGAGGCGCAGAGCCAGGGGAGAAGCCGAAAAAAAACAAGAAAAGAAAAGAGAAAAAGAAAAAGAAAGAGAAGAAAAAGAAAAAGAAGAGGAAGGCCAGCGCCAGCGCCUCCGACAAGGAGGCCGUGUCCAUCGGGGACUGCUCCAGUGGCCCCGUGGAUUUGGACGAGGUGGAGGUGAUGGCAGGAGACAAGCUGGUGGUGAUGGGCGAGGAAUCCAGCUCCGAGUCCACCGUCUCCCUCAGCGACGUGGAGCCUCUUGGGCCACCUGUGGAGCUGGACAUCGAGGGGACCGUGGAGAUCCCAGAGGACCCUCACCAAGGCCGGCCAGGGAGCGGUCCAGGUCGCCGCCGCCGGUGCCCGCUCCGCCUCCGGUGA